AUGCAUUUUCAGAGCUCCAUUGCUCAGGAGGCAGCUGUCAGCAUUCUAGGGUUUGUGGUGCUCCUCAGCUAUCUAGCGACUCUCCUGUAUUCCCCUCCUCUGGAGCCCAUGGAGCUGAAAGGGGGUGUUCAUGGGACAGGGGUGACGGUGGAACUCACAGAAAACCUCGAACUCCCCGUGACACUGCUUGAAAACCACAACCCCUGGCCAGCCUAUGUCAUGUACACCUCUCCAGCAGUAAAGCGCCUCAUUGACAAAAGCAGGGCCCGGGACCUGGAGUGCAUUCAUUCUUACGAGGAGACCUUUAAACCCACAAGGUUGAGCAAAUGUAGUUUCACGCAUCUGAAGGGGAAGAAGUCAUCCAAGUCCUCAGAGCUCAUGCUCAAGGAUGCCCUGUCCGAGUCCAGGCAAUCCACGUGGGAACCUUGCUCUGCCACAAACAUGAGUUCCACACUCUUUCCAGAACCUACACAAUCACAGAUGGAAGCCAGAGAGGGUCCCACGUCCAACUAUAACAAGAUCAUCUUCUCCAGGAGGCCUGCGAUGAGGAAGCUCCCCUAUGACUUACUGCAGGCCAGCAAGGAGCCGCAUGCCAAAGCUUAG